AUGGAUGAAGAGCCCAAAGACCCUCUGAUUUUGGGAAGACCUUUCCUUGCCACUGCUGGAGCUAUAAUAGACGUGAGAAGAGGCAAGAUUGAGCUGAAUUUGGGUAAAGACUGCAAGAUGGUGUUCAAUGUAAAAGAUGUUAUGAAGCAACCAACUAUCAAUGGCGAGUCAUUUUACAUUGAAACACUUGAGCAGCUAGCCGAUGACUACUUGGAAGAAUUGGGAGUUGAGGAUAAGCUGCAGCUGGCUCUGACUAAGGAUAAUGAGGCAUUUGGGUGUCUACAAGCAGAGAAGGAAAGCUCUCAAGAGCAAGGCACGGACGAUGACUGGUCCGAGCUUAAGGCUCCCAAGGUCGAUCUCAAGCCACUCCCAAAGGGGCUCAGGUAUGCGUUCUUAGGCUCUAACUCCACAUACCCUGUCAUUGUCAAUGAUGCAUUAACCCCUCAUGAGCUUGAAACCCUCCUCGUUGAGCUGCGAAAGUACAGGAGAGCUCUUGGAUAUUCGCUGGACGAUAUCAAGGGUCUCUCCCCUACUCUAUGCACUCACAGGAUCCAUCUUGAAAAUGAAUCAAAGGGAUCUAUUGAACAUCAGCGUAGGUUAAACCCCAAUCUUAAAGAAGUAGUAAAGAAAGAAAUCUUGAAGCUUCUUGAUGCAGGAAUCAUUUACCCUAUUUCGGACAGUACUUGGGUUUCUCCAGUACAUUGCGUCCCAAAAAAGGGUGGGAUUACUGUUAUCAAGAACGAAAAGAAUGAAUUGAUCCCAAGUAGGACAAUAGUUGGACAUAGAAUGUGCAUUGAUAUCAGGAAAUGGUUGAGGUCUUCAUGGACGACUUUCUCGGUCUAUGGCUCUUCUUUUUCCUCUUGUUUGUCUAAUCUAUGUAGGGUGCUGAAAAGAUGUGAGGAAACAAGCUUGGUUCUGAAUUGGGAAAAGUGCCAUUUUAUGGUGAAAGAGGGGAUAGUCCUUGGCCACAAGAUCUCAGAGAAAGGCAUUGAAGUGGACAAGGCAAAGAUAGAAGUAAUGGUGCAACUUGGGGAGCCAAAAUCAGUUAAGGAUGUGAGAAGCUUCUUGGGACAUGCGGGUUUCUACAGGCGCUUCAUCAAAGAUUUUUCUAAGAUAGCAGGCCACUCACAAGACUCUUAUGCAAAGAAACAGAGUUCAUCUUUGAUGAAGAGUGUAGCCAAGCUUUCUUGA